AUGGCCGCCUUACUCUUCACCACUCCUCUUCUCGCCGGCGCAGAGAGCAGCAUCCAUAAGCGCCAUGUCCAGCUCGUGAACCCAACCCCAUAUAACUGGGAUGAGUACGGCCCCACAAACCCGCUCAACCCAGACGGCUCCGACUACCCAUGCAAGGUCCCGCAGGGCGACGCCUUCGUCAUCAACGGCACGGCCACCGAGAUGGCCAUCGGCGAGGAGCAGAGUGUCUCCUUCGCCGGCUGGGCGGUGCACGGCGGCGGAAGCUGCCAGUUUGCCCUGACGGAGGGCCACACGCCCACCACGGACUCGGUCUGGAAGGUCAUCCACUCCAUCGAGGGCGGCUGUCCCAAGGCCAACGUCACCGGGAACCUCGAGCCAGGCCAGGACCCGGAUACGUAUACUUUCACCAUCCCAGACGACUUUGCUCCUGGUGCGUAUACGUGGGCCUGGACCUGGGUCAACCGCAUCGCCGGGUCGCCUGAGUUCUACAUGAACUGUGCGCCUGUCACGGUCACUGACGGCGACGACACCACCAAGACUGCCGAGACGACGUACCCGGAUCUGUUUCUCGCCAACAUUGGCAGCGCCAGUAAUGGCUGUACUACCUCUGAGGCCCUGUACGAGCAGGUGGCCAUCGCCUAUCCUUACCCUGGCAAUUCUGUC